UUCUUUCUAACAAAGUUUUCAAUGGAAGUUCCCAUGUCUGAAGAAGAACUAGGGCUCAAGAUUGAAGAUAUUCUGGGUGCAUCGAAGAACAUGGAUGGAGGACCGGGAAAUUUGAUAGUCGGAGUUAGCAAGGCCAUGGAGCUGAUCAACGAGCUGAUUCUUAAGCACAAAAAGAAUGAAGAACCAUUACCAUCUCUCAGUGAAGAGACUCUUUACACUUUGCUCACCAUUGUUGGUCCAGAAGUCAACCUUCACACCAAGAAUGGUGAUGUUUACAGUGGAAUCCUUUAUGUUGCAUCUCCUAAAACAGAUUUAGGUAUACAGUUGAAGCAAUGCAAAUUAGGAAAUGGUAUCAUAGUAGAUUCCCAAGAUAUUCCAAUAAAUCAAAUUUCUAAAAUUGUUGCAAAGGGCAUUACGGUUCUAGUGGAGAAUCUUGGCCGGAGUUUCUUGAAAACGGAUGAUGAAAAAGAGAAGCAGCCAAAUUCAAUCUACCAGAUUGAUGUUCAAAAGAUAUCUAGUGGAGAAGAUACUAGGAGUUCGUUAAUUGUUAAGAACAUUCCUAAGAGGUAUACUUCAGAAAUGCUUAUAUCUGAAAUCAAUGAGACUCAACCAGGGACUUUUGAUUUCAUCUACCUUCCACGUCUCAAGCAAGUAUGA